UCUUUCCCACUUUCGUCAGUACAAGAUAGAAAUUGCAGCAGCGGAAAAAAGCGUCCAUUGCUCACUCCCUCUAACCGUUCUUCCUAGGCCUCUUUGUAACCUUUCUUGAUUCAGAUCUUGUUGUAAUUUUAACUGCUUAUGUGCAACACCCAGACAAGUUAAUUAGGAAAAUCAUGAAUCUACUACUUUCAAAGAAACUGUCUAUUAUCUUCAAUUGUCAAAGACAUAUAAUCAAGAAAUCAAAACAUGUCUCUUUUUGUAGUACCCACAACAUUACCGGACCAAAUAAAUCCACUGAUGAAGAAAUCUCUACGAUUUUGAAACACAAGAACUGGAAAUUACUCUUGGAAUCUUCAACAAUCCCGCAAAAACUCAACCCAGAUGUGGUUUACUCAGUUCUUGAUCGAAAUAAAUUGGUUGUAAAUCCAAAACGAUUGCUUGAUUUCUUUGAUUGGUCGAAUCAGCAAGUGCAUUUGACUCAAAACAUUGAUUCUUUCUCUAUUCUUGCUUUGUCUUUGUGCAAUUCGAACAAUUUUGGACCUGCCAACCAGGUGUUUGAUGAAAUGAUUCAGAGAAGAAGAUUUCCAGUAAUGGAUAUUUUAAGCUCGUUGGUUAAAUGUGCUAAGGAAUGUGAUGAGUUUAGCUCGAAGGUUGUUGUGUUUGAGUUGCCAAUUGAUGCUUAUAGGAAAAAGGGUAUGUUAAAUGAGGCUGUAUCUAUGUUCUUGGGUGUUAAAAAUGAAGGCUUUUUACCCAGUUUGUUGUGUUGUAAUACAUUGUUGAAUGAAUUGUUAAAUGGUAAUAAAAUGGAACUGUUUUGGAAGGUAUAUGAGGGAAUGUUGGAGAGCAAGAUGAGUCUUGAUGUUUACACUUACACCAAUGUGAUCAAUGCUUAUUGCAAGGUUGGUAAUAUUAAGGACGCGAAAAGACUUCUUCAUGAUAUGGGAGAGGAGGGGUGCAGUCCAAAUUUGGUUACGUAUAAUGUAGUUAUUAGAGGCUUGUGUGGGACAGGUGCAGUUGAUGAAGCAUUGGAGCUAAAGAAGUCGAUGGAAGGAAUGGGAUUGGUUCCAGAUAUCUAUACCUAUAGUACACUCAUUGAUGGCUUCUGUAAGAAAAAGAGGUCCAAGGAGGCAAAACGGAUAUUGGAUGAAAUGUGUGAGGUAGGUCAAAAUCCUGAUCAUUUUGCAUAUACUGCGUUAAUUGAUGGAUUCAUGAAGGAGGGAGAGGUGGAGGAGGCAUUUAGAAUAAAGGAUGAAAUGGUUGCACGUGGAAAGAGUUUGAAUAUAAUGACCUAUAAUUCUAUCAUAAAUGGGCUCUGCAAAGUCGGCCAGAUGGAUAAAGCAGUAACUAUCAAGGGUGACAUGAUUAAAAUGGGUAUAUUCCCUGAUGUGCAAACAUACAAUUAUUUAAUUGAGGGCUAUGGUUGCAAGAAUAACACGGAUAAGGCUUCUGAACUUUUGGUUGAGAUGACUGACAGAAACUUGGUACCUUCGGCCUAUACUUGUGGUGUGCUGAUUAAUGCUUACUGCAACUCUGGAGAUCUCUGUCAAGCGAUUCUUGUUUUGGAGAAAAUGAUUGCAGCUGGUGUGAGACCAAAUGCUGUCAUCUACACCCCCAUCAUAAAAGGCUAUGUAGAGGAUGGUAAAUUUGAAGAAGCAAAACAGAUUGUGCAGGAUAUGUGGCAGAAAGGUAUAUUACCUGAUAUCUUCUGUUAUAAUUCAAUUAUUAGUGGGCUCUGCAAGGUGGGAAGGGUAGAUGAAGCAAAAAUGUGUCUUGUUGAAAUGGAGAAGAGAAGAUUGAGACCGAAUUCAUAUACUUUUGGGCCUUUUAUUUCUUGGUAUAGAGAGGCAGGGGAUAUGCAAGUUGCAGAACAGUAUUUCUGGGAGAUGCUAGAUCGUGGUGUAGCGCCUAAUUAUGCCACUUUUACGCCUAUCAUUGACGGGUAUUGUAAACAUGGGAAUAUAUCGCAAGCAUUUUCAGUACUGAAUCGCAUGCUUAAAAUAGGACGAUUGCCAAACGUUCAGCUUUAUGGUGUUCUUAUAAAUGCCCUCUCAAAGAAUGGGAAGUUGUCAGAUGCCAUGGAUGUUCUAUCUGAACUUUAUAAUAAGGGUCUAGUUCCUGAUGUGUUCACUUACACCUCACUGAUUUCUGGUUUCUGCAAGCAGGGUAAUUUGGAAAAGGCUUUUCUACUUCUUGAUGAAAUGAGUCAAAAGGGGGUUAGACCAAACAUCGUGACUUAUAAUAGCUUAAUAGGUGGUCUUUGUAAGUCAGGUGACCUAUCGAGAGCCAGAGAAGUGUUUGAUGGUAUUUCUGGAAAGGGUUUGGCACCAAAUGGUGUGACUUAUUCCACUAUCAUUGAUGGUUACUGCAAAGCCGGUGAUCUAAAUGAGGCAUUUCGUCUAUCAGAUGAAAUGCCUUUACGGGGCGUUCAACCGGAUGCCUUUGUAUACAAUGCUCUUCUUCAUGGAUGCUGCAAGGCAGGAGAGGUAGAGAAGGCAUUGCCAUUAUUCCAUGAAUUGAUAGAGAAGGGAAUUGCAUCCACUCUUACUUUCAACACAUUGAUUGAUGGGUUCUGCAAGUUAGGAAGAUUGAGUGAAGCACUGGAGUUGGUGACGAAUAUGUCUGAUAUGCACAUCCCAACAGAUCAUGUAACUUACACCAUUUUAAUUGACUACUGUUGCAAGAACGGAAUGAUGAAAGAAGCAGAAGAGCUUUUCCAAAAGAUGCAAGUUAAGAAACUGAUACCAACCAUUGUGACUUACACUUCACUCAUACAAGGUUAUCACAGAAUUGGAGAUAAAUUGAAGGUGUUCUCACUAUUUGAGGAGAUGGUGGCAGGGGGAAUUCAGCCUGAUGAAGUAGUUUACAGCUCGAUGGUUGAUGUACUUUACAGAGAAGGGAAUCCACAUAAAGCUUUCAGUCUUUGGAAUGAACUUUUGGAUAAAGGUCUUUUGAAAGGACAUGUAAGUGAAACAUUAGUGGGGUCUUGGUGUGAGAAAGGAGAAAUUUCUGCACUAUUGGCAUCACUCAAUGAAAUAGGAGAGCAAGGUUUUGUACCUAGUCUUGCUAUGUGCAGUACUUUAGCCCAUGGAUUAAAUAAAGCAGGAUAUUCUGAAAUAUUACCUAUGGCUCUGGAGACCAUGGUAAAGUUUUCCUGGAUCUCCAAUUCCAUGACUUCAAAUGACUUAAUCACGCAUUGUCAAAUGGAUGGACAUACUGAAAGUGUUAGUAACCUUCCAAAGCAAUCAGCCUUAUAACUUGCUUGUCAGCUCAAGCCUAGCUCAACAAGAAUACUGUAUGCUGGAUUGUUCCGUUCUUUCUGCAGUUCUAUCUAUGGAUGCUUGAUGACAGAGCACCCACAUCAAGCUGAAAGCACCCUGAUCGCAGUAGAGAUCCAAUCAUUGGAGGGAAGUGCUGAUACUUUGAGGGACAAUUGUGUAAAAGUUUUACAAAAG